UAUUGUGAUUGGCUGGGACGCCGUGCUGGGUUUCCGGUGUCCGCUGUCGCUCUCCGGUCACGGAGUCAUGGCGAUGUCCUUGUGUUUCCGGGCUCUCCGGCUCCCGGGGGCCAACCUCCUGAGGGCCACACUCCCCGCCACCCGCCCGGCCUCAUCCUCAUCCCUCACCCGCCACGUGGGGCCCCCGGACAGCGGAAACCACGAGGAGGUCAACGUGUAUGAGAAGAACCCUGAUUGGCAUGGCUUCCACACAGAUCCCAUUGUGGACAAAUGGAAUAUGCGGUUUGUGUUCUUCUUCGGGGUUUCAGUGUGCUUGGUACUGGGUUCAGUCUUUAUACAUUACCUUCCAGACCUCGGGAUGAGACAGUGGGCUCGCAGAGAAGCAGAACGACAGCUGAAGAGGAAAGAGGCUCUGGGCCUUCCCCCCAUCGACUACAACUACUACGACCCAGACAAACUGGUCCUACCGCCAGAGGAGGAGUGAUCUCCCUGCCCCUGCUUGCUUUCUUGUCCAAUAAAGAGUUUAACAUGAA